AGUGACACUCCUCACCUUUGCGGCCUCUUCUGACAAAUCUUCAGUCACAUUUCUGUCUGCUUUGCCCCCAUAUGGGUGCCCUUAAAUCUACAGAGAUGAUCCACUGACACAAUUCUAUCAUUUCUUGGCCCAAACAGCCACUCCUCUUGAAAGAAUCUGCAGGGGGUACUUUUUGUGCGCCUCAUCCAGGCGAAGAAUUUUCCUUGCAUUGGGACACUGCACACAUAGGCGCGGCGAAACAGUACUCCGUGGCAACGCGCACAGAACGCAUUACAUUACCUGUACAUAUUUGUUUACGUGUACUUUGUCGCUCUUUGAUACGGCUAUCUCUUCUUUUCAAAUGUUGCAACCGCAUCGUUUGAAUCCCUAUGGGCCAGAUUAAGUAACCAGAGGAUUUUUUGACGAUCGAAAAAUGGCUUCAUAGAAUUUUACGGCUGGAAUUGUUCAACUGUGCGUAGUCGGGCGCCGCGCAGACUGUAGUUUUAAACAGGAACUGGCGCUUAUACGUCUUGGGGUAGCGCAUGCCAUGAUUAACCGUGUAACACGACACAAUCUAUUAAUCUUAGUGCCAUAGUGGACAGAAGUCGUGGCCAAAAAGUCCACAUGUUGGAAGGUUUACUUAAUAAAACUCCAUGAAUUGGAGGCGAAAACUGUGGGUAGUUUUACUGGUGCAGAAUCAUGUCACAAAAUAUGAUGUCAACACAUGCAGACAGCCCACAACAUGCUAGUUUCUGCCUGAAUAGAAAAGCAGCAGUAUUGGUGGCCGCUUGUUGCGCGGCAAUCUUUUUAACCUAUUCACUCAAGUACUACACAGACAAACGGGAAGGACUUCAGGUACAGGCCCUAUAUGUGCCGGGAACAUUGAACAGUGGGCCACCAACCAAACCAGCAACCUUUGCCAAGGUUAUUAAAGCAGCCACACAGAAACCAGGAACUUUCCAAACUCGGGUUGAAGACUUGAAGAGCAGUGGUGAAGCAAAGUCGGCAGAAUCGAGUCAACUCCUCCGACCCCCGAGCACCGCACACCAACAGGACCAAGAUGAAGCUGCCUCGUCCGCCUCUUGGUCCAGUGUUUACGACGAGGAGGAUGAAGCAGAAGAGGCUGAAGUUGAAACGGAGGAGAAGACAGCCCCAAAGCCACAGGGCGACUGGAAGAGACGCCUCCCGCAGGUCAUCAUCAUCGGGAUCAAGAAGGGAGGGACGCGUGCCCUGCUGACAUUCCUAAACGCGCACCCACAAGUUGUCAUAUCAGGGAAGGAGGUGCACUUCUUUGACCGCAAAUACGACAAGGGCAUAGAGUGGUACAGGAAAGCAAUGCCUUACUCUUACGAUAAUCAACUCACAAUUGAGAAAACGCCCAGCUACUUUGUGACGCAACAGGUCCCGCAGCGCAUUUACCGCAUGGCCCCGGGCACAAAGUUCUUGCUGGUGGUGCGCGAACCUGUGGCACGGGCCGUCUCUGAUCACGCCCAGUCCCUCAGCAAGGGCAAGACCACGCCCUUUGAGGAGAAGGCCAUGCUGGAUGAGCGGAGGUGUGCGGUGGACAGGAGCUGGAGUGCCAUCCGCAUUGGGCUGUACUCGCUGCACCUGACCAACUGGCUCCGGUAUUUCCCCCGCAGUCAGUUCUUGUUCGUCAGCGGCGAGAACCUGGUGGCCAACCCCGGCCAGGAGAUGGAGAAAGUGCAGGACUUCCUGGGCAUCCAGAGAACUCUCACGGAGAAGUCAUUCGUCAUGGAUGAAACCAAAGGCUUCCCUUGCCUAAGGGAAGACCAGGGCAGCGUGAAGUGCCUGGGUAAAAACAAAGGACGCUCCCACAAACCUGUGGAUCCUCAAAUCAGGGCUUGCCUGGCCAAGUUUUACCAACCAUACAAUGAAAAGUUUUACAACAUGACAGGUAUCAAUUUCCACUGGGAGGACCGAGAAACUUGAAAAUGGUGUAACAGGCACCCUACCUUCAGUUUAAGGGAAUUAGGGGACGUCAGGUUACAAGAGCUUUAUUUAUGUCGGAUAAUGAGAUGUUUUAGUGGCCCCCCAGUAUUUAUAUUUAGCAGUAUUUCAAAUUCGACACAGCCUGUGUCAUAUUUAAGAGUAUUUCAAAUUUGACACAGCCUGUGUCAUAUUUAACGGUAUUUCAAAUUUGACACAGCCUGUGUACCCUGACCACUUUGCAAGGAACCAGCCAAAAUAUACAUACUUGCAGGUAUGUGUACAUGUACGCGUACACUGUCCAUGUACGUGUACACCAUCAAGAAAGCAUUGACAUGGGUCCAACACUCUUGUAAACAGCUCACUUUGGAUUUGCACAGUUAAUACAUGUUCAGUCCAGAGUUGCUGGAACAAGCAGUGCGCAGGUUGUUUUUGGCCUUAAGGGAUGUUGUUUCUUGUUUCCAUGUGACUCCGAGAAUUUCCCGAAAAGCAAGGGAGGGGGAGAGGAUUUGGUUAGAAAUUCACAAUUCUUGCACCAAGGGUUGGCAUGUGUAAAAGUCCACUUGGUAAUGAAAGGACUUUGGUUAUGGUAUUGUGUUGUACCAACUCUAAAAAGUCAGAAUUUUCAGCCGAAAAAUAAUACUGCUCCUGGGACAGGUUUUUAGUUAUAUAAUACCCUUAGCCAGGAGUUAAAAGGGGAGGGUUACGCUCUCCAAUAGGUGUCUGGACACCAGACUGUUACCAUUCAAUGGCAAACCAUUCCGGAACAAUUCCUGCACUGCCCUACUUGAAGUGGAUUACAUGCAGGCUAUGAAUUUCCUAGAAUGUAUUCUCUAUGGUACCGACGAAGAUGACCUCAAGAUCACAUUCACUGUAUGUUUUGCGUACACAAGUUACCACAGCGGGUAUUGUAUCUUUGAAUAGACAAGUAUAUUCUUUACAAUCAAGAUUACAUAAUUAUUUCUCACCACAGAUAAAAGUAUAAUUAUCCCUACUGUUUUAAUAUUAGUGGUAGGUACACAUUUAAUAGUUGUUUGUACCUUUGUGAUUUAGUACCGACUAGUACUUAUACUGUUCUUGCCAAGAGAAGCAUUUAUAUUUUACAGUUGACAGUACUUACCUGAAAUGGUUACUUAAACAAUACGGCCAUUUCACAGUAGUGUGCCACCAUGAGUUUGCAAUGCGUUGGCCAAUCGCAAUGCGCAAAAUCUGUCG